CCUGCCAGCGCCUGCGGCCAUGGCUUCCCCCUGUUCCGGGGACCCCAGUUCAGCAGGUCUGCCCCCUCCUUCUGUAGCCACUCCAGGUCCCGCCGCGCCCCCGGAGCCCCCCUUCCCAGACAUCUACGGCGGGGACGCGCAGCUCUGGGAGGCGCACUUCCGCGGCAUCGGGCGCGCCUACCGCGCGCUGGGCAAGGAGGACGACUUCGCCAUCCGCCUGCUCACCGAGGACUUCACGCUGCCCUUCCCGUUCGCCUGGCCUCCGGGGCCCGACCCGGCCCGCGGGCCGCUCUUCUACGACCCCCACGACCGCGCGGGCUUCGACUUCCUGCUGCGGGGCCCGGGCGCGCCGCCCCCCGCGCUGCUGCGGCCCCUGCACAGCACGGCGCAGGCGGCCGAGCGCAAGCAGCGCCUGGAGAGGCUGGCGCGCAGCUACGCGCACGCGGGCGCCGGCCAGCCCCCUGGCCUCGUGCUGCUCCCGCCUGGGCCCGAGGCCGGCACCCCCGCGGCGGCGCCCCCCGGCUGGGCCAGUCCCCGGCGGCCCCGAGAAAGUCAAUAAAGUUGCCUCUGCUUCUGCCGCCCCCGAGGCUCUUUGCUGCACGCAC